UGUUACUCCAGCAGCUUAGAAUCGCUGCACCAGCUCAGUUUCCCGCGCCACCACCUCUUGCUACUCACUUGGUUCUUCUCCUGAUUAAGGAAAUUGAAGGAAGAUGGAGUAUGUGAGCCCUGAAGGACUUCGCUUGGACGGUCGCCGCCCCAUGGAGAUGCGGCAAAUUCGAGCCGAGAUUGGUGCUGUUUCCAGAGCUGAUGGUUCUGCUAUUUUUGAGAUGGGUAACACCAAAGUGGUUGCUGCUGUAUAUGGCCCCAGAGAGGUCCAAAAUAGGAGCCAGCAAAUGAGUGACCAGGCUUUGAUUCGAUGUGAGUACAGCAUGGCUAACUUUAGCACUGGAGAUCGCAAGAGGAAACCAAAGGGUGACAGGAGAUCAACUGAAAUUUCUAUGGUUAUUCGACAGACUAUGGAAGCAUGCAUAAUGACACAUUUAAUGCCUCGUUCCCAGAUAGAUAUUUAUGUCCAAGUUCUCCAAGCAGAUGGUGGAACUAGAUCUGCAUGUAUCAAUGCUGCAACUUUGGCCCUUUCUGAUGCUGGGAUCCCCAUGUGUGAUCUUGUAACUUCAUGUAGUGCUGGAUACCUUAAUAGCACCCCUUUGCUUGAUUUGAACUACGUAGAAGACAGUGCUGGAGGUCCUGAUGUAACUGUUGGAAUUCUGCCAAAGUUGAAUAAAGUGACACUUCUUCAGAUGGAUUCUAAACUACCGAUUGACAUUUUGGAAAAUGUUAUGCAACUGGCAACUGAAGGCUGCAAAGCAGUUGCAAAUUACAUCCGUGAAAUUCUAUUAGAGAACACAAAGCAACUGGAGUAUCGACGGGGUGUAUAAUUCAGUGGCUGAAGUGAUGUGUCCUUUUUGCUAUCUACCUGGAAAUAUUUUUGGCAUGUGGGUUGUUUGUGAAACAAGAAAUGCAGAGCUUGAUGUUCUUAUAAAUUCAUUUUGUCUUGUACUUUCAGUGUUCCCUGUAUUUUAGCAAAGUCUGAAUUAAAUGUUUGACUUAUUGACUGAAAGAAAAUAGAGAGAAUUAAAAGUUCCCCUGGAUUCUGAUUCUUAGGCUGUAAAUCUUUCCAGAUGAAUUUGUCAACAGAAUUUUGAUGAUGCCGUUCAUUUCUUCUUUGGCCAACAUAUUCAAUUUUCCCGUCUUAA